GACCAUUUCCAUCCUCUCAGAUUCACUUAUUUCCUCUUUGUGACCGACAAAAAUACAUCUUCCCUGCAGGACAACAGGUGAGACGGAGAGGAAAGGAAAGGGAUUGAUUUUUUUUUUUUUUUAAAUUUUGUUUUGAAAAUGAAACUUGAAGUUUUCUCCGCCAGCCACUUUGUUCAGAAGCCGCUGGAGCUGUGCAUCGACGUGGAGGGAGGCGUCCCCUCGCCCCUAUCCGGAGACGAGCUGGGCUCGGACGGGGACUGCGUGGCCAACAGUCCGGCACCUGUCACCCAGAGCGGCGAUGGCAAGGGGAAGCCGUACACUCGCAGACCCAAGCCUCCCUACUCCUACAUCGCCCUCAUCGCCAUGGCCAUCCGGGACUCCGGCAGCGGCCGCCUCACCCUGGCGGAGAUCAACGACUACCUGAUGAAGAAGUUCCCGUUUUUCCGCGGCAGUUACACUGGCUGGCGGAAUUCGGUGCGCCACAACCUGUCGCUCAACGACUGCUUCCUGAAAGUGCUGCGGGACCCGUCCAGGCCCUGGGGCAAAGACAACUACUGGAUGCUCAACCCGCACAGCGAAUACACCUUCGCUGACGGCGUGUUCCGCCGCAGGAGGAAACGCAUCACUAAGAGGCCCUCCAAGGAGGAGGAGGAGAACUCUGACGUCCACCUCCCCAGCCAAGACACCCACCUCCCCAUGCCAGCCGGCACAGCGCCCUCCCACGACGAGACGGCCGGGCCGAAGUUCUCCAGCUCGUUCGCCAUAGACAGCAUCCUCAGCAAACCGUUUGAGAGGAGAGAGGAUUGUCACGUUGACAGAGACGCUACCGCCAACCCCCCGGUCUACUGGUCCCCCGGACCUCAUCACAUACUGCCGUCCUACACCCUGUGCUACCCGGCGCCGCUGGGACCUGCGCCACACACAUACCACAGGUGCAGCCUGCCAGAUGCGGCUCUCGGCACAGAGCACAGUAGGGGUGUGCUCACAUACCUCCACCUGACGUCACAGGGUAUGCCAAAAUCGGAGGCUUUCCCCUCACUGAAGAUGCCCAGGGCAAGAGGCGGAAGUUUCCAUAUAGACUCUUUGCUCUCCUAAAGUGGACAGUUGUAUAGGCCCCUACCUUUGUGUCGUGGUCCUCUUGUGUGGUAGAGUUUAGUUUUCAGCGCUUCGGCUUAACUUGUGUGGGGGACUUGUUCUGCUUCAUCACAACUAAGUCAUUUUGCAGCGAGAGAGACGAGCGUCGUCAUCUCGCCCGGACGGCGGAGCAAGUCGGUUGCGGCUGUCGCGGGACGUUCCGCUGUGCGCGCAUGCGCGUAGCUGUACGCGCAAGAGCGCGCUUGUUAGAGAGUAUUUUCACGGUUCAUUGGUCAUUUCUACUGUACGACGGCGAUUUAGUGCCGUCUGUUUAACGAACUAAUAAUCUAUU